GAUUGGUCAGUUGGGUCAACCUUUCUGUAUCAACGUCUACUCAUAAAACCUGCGAAUAGAAAGAUAGAUGCUGUCAAGUAAUCGAGAUGAAGCAAAUACUCCUGCUGCUCUGUUGUAUAUAUGAAGUUCAUGGCCUCAUAAGGGUGCCUCUGAUGAAGAUGUCCACUCUGAGGAGUCAUUUAAGAGCCACUAAUCAGCUGAAUGACUUUCUGAAAGAUCACCAGGUUGAUGCUUUCUCUCAUCGCUAUGCUCAGUGUUACCCAUCCAAACUGGCAGCUCUCAAACCUGGCAAAGUAGCCGAGAGACUCUACAACUUCAUGGAUGCACAGUACUACGGACAGAUCAGUCUGGGAACCCCAGAGCAGAACUUCACUGUGGUCUUUGACACUGGAUCUGCUGAUUUAUGGGUGCCUUCAUCUUACUGUGUCAGUCAUGCAUGUGCUACACAUCACAAGUUCAAGGCUGUCGAUUCGAGCACCUACGUUCAUGAUGGCCGAAUCUUUGGCAUUCGCUAUGGCUCUGGCCACCUGAUGGGUGUGAUGGCUACAGAUAGACUGAGGGUGGGCUCUAUGAUUCUGCUGAAUCAGACGUUUGGGGAAUCAGUGUACGAGCCAGGCAUGUCUUUUGUCAUGACCAAGUUUGAUGGUGUUUUGGGCCUCAGUUACCCCUCACUGGCUGAGGGGCUUGGGAUGCCUGUAUUUGACAACAUGAUGAACCAGAAGAAAGUGGACAAGCCCAUGUUCUCCUUCUACCUUAGCAAUAGGAAUGAUGGCAGUAGUGCUCUGGAAGGAGAACUGAUGCUGGGAGGGAUGAAUGAUGAGCUCUUCCGUCCUCCCAUUAACUGGCUUCCAGUCACUAUAAAAGGCUACUGGCAGAUCAAAAUUGAUGCAAUCAAGGUUCAGGGAAGUGCUACCUUCUGUCACUCUCACAGUUGCCAGGCGAUUGUUGACACAGGAACAACUCUCAUCACGGGGCCGACAGCGUACGUCUUGAUCCUUCAGCAGCUCAUUGGAGCUACGCCUACACACACAGGAGAGUUUCUUGUUGAUUGCACCCGGAUCAGCAGUUUGCCUGUGGUGUCUUUUGUACUUAAUGGAGUUGAGUAUGCGCUCCAUCCACGUGCAUACAUCCGCAGAGUGAGUGAUACAGUACAUGCAAAAAAGAUUUGUAUAAGUGGCUUUCAAGCAACAGAUAUUGCAUCUCCAUUCGGUCCUAUGUGGAUUCUUGGGGACAUUUUCCUCACACAAGUUUACAGCAUCUAUGACAGGGGCGAGGACCGGGUUGGCUUUGCUCAACUCUCUGACAAGGUCAAAAGUCAGUAGCAGUGAGUGUUAUACUCCCUCACUUUCUGGUUCUGAAGAGCCUGACAGUAAAAUAAUCGUUAAAAAUCAUGUGUUUGUGUGCUGCGUGUCAUUUCACAACUUUGUCGAGCGAGCGAGUCACAUUUAAGACAUUAAGUAAUAAUAGUGAAAAAUAAAACAAAUGUAAAAUUUACAGGCAUCUGUAAAUGAGUCUAGACUUCCUUACUAUCAUUAGUAAAUACGCUUUUUUAAGUUUAAUUGUAAUAACUGAGUGAUGUGCUGUAAGAUGACUAUCUGAAUAGUUUGCUGUAAAUUUGUGCUUGAGCUUUUCCAAACAAUUUUAGUUUGGCUCUGAGGGCUUAUUGAUGUCUUUUGCUGCAUAUUUUUUUGUUUUUCAUGUUUGCUUAAAAUGUUCUCGAAGUUAACUUAAGUCUUAGCGCAAUCGCCAAAUGUUUCUUUUAAUGCUCCAGCUGAAAUAUUCCUUGUCUAUUUGUAGUCUUUGUAAGUAUUUGUAAUUGAAUAAAAUGCACAAAGACGUGAUUGAA